UUCCCAAGCGCAAAGGGCGCGCGCCGAUGCGGCGGGGGAAACUCUAUAAAAGGCCGCACGGGGGCAGAGCUUAGUGCCACUCAAAUUAAGCCACUCUCAGCCAUAUCAAGAAGGACGAGAAGGAGAAGCAGGAGAAGUAUUCAUACAAGAUGGCGUUGCCUCUGCUGCUUGCCUUCUCCCUGCUCUUCUCUGUGGCGACUCCUAUCAGAGACGUCACGGACGCCUGCUCGUCAGAAGUGAUGGAUUUCCAGCACCUGAACCACAGCUCCUCGGCCGUGCACCUCCCGCUGCACCACCCGCGGGGCCCCUGCUCGCCGCUCUCGGCAGACAUCCCCUUCUCCGCCGUGCUCACCCACGACGCCGCACGCAUCGCCUCCUUCGCCGCGCGCCUCGCCAAGAAGAGUUCCCCCUCGUCAGCCUCAGCCACCACCCAAGCUGCAGGCUCGAGCCUGGCGUCCGUGCCGCUCACGCCGGGCACAUCAGUGGGCGUGGGCAACUACGUGACGCGCAUGGGCCUGGGCACCCCAGCCAAGCCCUACAUCAUGGUGGUCGACACGGGCUCCUCCCUCACCUGGCUGCAAUGCUCGCCCUGCCGCGUGUCCUGCCACCGGCAGUCCGGCCCGGUGUUCGACCCCAAGACCUCGAGCUCCUACGCCGCCGUGUCCUGCAGCUCCCCGCAGUGCGACGGGCUGUCCACGGCCACGCUCAACCCGGCCGUAUGCUCUCCCUCCAACGUCUGCAUCUACCAGGCCAGCUACGGCGACAGCUCCUUCUCCGUCGGUUACCUCAGCAAGGACACCGUCUCCUUCGGCGCCAACAGCGUGCCCAACUUCUACUACGGCUGCGGCCAGGACAACGAGGGCCUCUUCGGCCGCUCGGCCGGCCUCAUGGGCCUGGCCCGCAACAAGCUUUCUUUGCUCUACCAGCUCGCCCCGACCUUGGGUUAUUCCUUCUCCUACUGCCUCCCGUCGACGUCCUCGUCAGGGUACCUCUCGAUCGGGUCCUACAACCCGGGGGGUUACUCCUACACGCCCAUGGUGUCCAACACCUUGGACGACUCGCUCUACUUCAUCAGCCUCUCCGGGAUGACCGUGGCCGGGAAGCCGCUGGCGGUGUCUUCCUCCGAGUACACCAGCCUGCCGACGAUCAUCGACUCGGGCACCGUGAUCACGCGCUUGCCCACCAGCGUCUACACGGCGCUCAGCAAGGCCGUGGCCGCGGCCAUGAAGGGCAGCACGAAGCGCGCCGCGGCGUACUCUAUCCUUGACACGUGCUUCGAGGGCCAGGCGUCCAAGCUGCGCGCGGUGCCGGCGGUGAGCAUGGCGUUCUCCGGCGGCGCCACGCUGAAGCUGUCGGCGGGGAACUUGCUGGUGGACGUGGACGGGGCCACGACUUGCCUGGCGUUCGCGCCCGCCAGGAGCGCCGCCAUCAUCGGGAACACGCAGCAGCAGACCUUCAGCGUCGUCUACGACGUCAAGAGCAACAGGAUCGGCUUCGCGGCAGCCGGCUGCAGCUAAGGGAUAUGAUGAUCGGUGCUGCUCGCGGGCUUGGGUUUGCUAGCAUAAUGAUCAUGCAUGUUCACUUUCUUCUGAACUACUCGUCCAUCAGUUCAACCGGUACACAAGCUCGAGGCGGCUGUGGAUGGACAUAAUACACGUCGUACAUCAGAAAUUCAGAAGGUAGAUAGAAAGUGGGAGUGAACUCCAUGAAGCUAUUUAUAUUGUUCAGACUUCAUGCCAGGGUAGUAAUUACUAUGUAUAACUCGAAAGUGGAGUACACACAUAACCAAGGCGUAAAUGGGAGAUAGCUUGUCAUGUAAAUUCUUUGGGAACUAUUGGUCAAAAUAUUCUACUUUGUAUAGGCAAGUUGAAGGGUGUGUGUGCAUGCGCCAGUGUGUAUGUUUCCAAGUUGGUCCUGAACGUCAAGAACUACUUCCACCUGCGCUGCACAAUUUGUAGAAGUGGGAAAUAUAUAUGCUGUAUUUGGUGUGUUAUUUGGGGAAUGGAAAUUGAUUUAUAUAA